AUGGUUAUUCUUGAUCGAGACAGUGAAGAGGAAGCGCUAAGGAAUUUGAUGCUAAUGGAACCGAUGUUUGACACAUGUGCGGAUAAAGAUUUGAAAGAAUUACAAGAUGCACAUGAUUCUGGAGAAGCAGUCUCGAAUGUGACAUUCAGUCAAGUGAUGUUUCUAAGAGGUUUGGGAUACGAUUUCAACAAAGAUGACUGUAAUUUGUACUAUACUUUUGAUGAGGUUCGAAACAUGUCGAUAUUCCCAAGAGAUCACCAUGGAAAACCUUUGUAUUCUUAUUAUGAUUCGUGGAAUUGGGGUCUAAAUGACAUUGACAUCUUGAGUCUUUUGAAUCAAACGGAGAAAUUCGAAAAUAAUUGUACACACGAUGAUCUCGAUAAGAAACAAGUUGUUGUUUUUGCUUUCAUCUCAAUGCCAAUGGAUGAUGCUAUCGAUCGUUUCGUUGACAUGAAAACCCGUUGGAAUGACGCGAUGUUAAGAAGUUAUUCAAUAAACAAUUAUAUUAUGAAGAUCUUCUGGACAAAACCGAACGAAACGGGGAACAACGAUGUAAGGAAAUAUUUGAAUGAAGUGAAAAAGACCUCAAAAACGUUUAUCAGUUCGGAAGAAAAUAUCACAAUGUUGUCUGAAAGUGAUAGAACAAAAGCGUAUGGAAUGUGCGCAAAUCCACCAGCCACGGUCGCCCCUGUGCUCGACAAAUUCCCAGUGGUCGCAUUCACGGUUGGAGUGGGAGGAUUUCUGUUGAUUGUCAUCUUUAUCGUGGUUGUCGUCUUCGUUCUCUUUACACAAACAAGUUUACUCAAUCGACCUGCUUACCACUUCUUUCGUUUCUUGGAGAAUCGGCUCAAGCUCAAGUUUGCCUUUUUGGUCAAAAUGCAUCAAGAAAUCACUGAUGCUGGCUUUGAUCGAUACGUGGCUGCUUACAGAAGAGGCGAAGAUGAAUGGGAAGUCGAUCCACAGAAUUUGCACAUCAGCACGGAGAAGCUCGGUUCCGGUGCCGCUGGCUCAGUGUUUAUGGGAAUGCUCAGCGGCUUGCCACCAGUUUCCAUAAUCUAUCCAAGAGCUCAGCUGGUUGGUAAUUAUGCGAGAGAUGAGAACCCAGUGGCCAUCAAGAAACCCCACGAUGGGGCUGGAGCUGAAGAAAGAAUUGAGUUCCUGCAAGAGAUUCGCUUUAUGAAAACUCUCGGUUUCCACCCUCACGUGCUUACAAUGUUGGGUUGUUACAUCUAUCCACUCCAUCCAUUGAUCGUCACUGAACUCUGUGAAUUUGGUGAUCUUCUGUCAAUCGUGCGACUAUUCGGUGAUCCAAAAACGAGAUCUACAGCUCCAAUCGAGGUCGACAUUCUCCCGGUGAUGGCCUGGCAAAUUUGUGAUGCUCUUUCUUUUCUCGCCUCAAUCGGAAUCAUCCACCGUGACGUGGCAGCGAGAAACGUUUUAGUGACCAAAGCGAAAGUUGCUAAACUAUCCGACUUUGGUCUUUGUCGAAAAAGUGAAAAUUUGAUGUAUAUUGGAAAGAAAGUUCCGGCAAGAUUACCAUUGAAAUGGAUGGCGCCUGAAGCCAUUGAGAAAGCCGAGUACAGCCACAAAUCCGAUAUGUGGUCUUACGGAGUUGUCCUUUAUGAAAUCUUCUCUUUUGGCACUGUCCCUUAUCCGACAAUCUCAUCAGAAGCUGUUCUCGAAUUUGUGAAGAAAGGAAAUCGUUUGGAAACUCCACAAGACACUCCUCCAUGGCUAGAACCAUUGAUGGAAUCAUGUUGGGAAGAGAAACCAGCAGAUCGACCAAUGGCCUAUGAUCUGAAAGCUGCAUUGUAUUCCCAUAUUGAGACGGCCGCAAAUAGUUAUGGAUAUCUACAGAUGAACCUUGACGACUACCCGGGAGAAGAGAAUGAUGAUGAAGAGAUCGAAAUGCACGCAAAUGAAUCCUUCAAGAUUCUCGACACAAAAUUC